UUUCUGCAAUGUGGGAUGAGUAAAGUCUAUCCUAUUCUACAGCUUUCAGAAGGCUCCACGUCCACGCUGGCCCAUGUUGCUUGUCGUGGUCCAUGUGGAAGUGCGCGAAGGUGCUCCGCGGUGUUUGUCUUCCAGCAGAAGAAGAAGAAGACGAGUGUGGACGUGAAGAUGUGCGGAGGUGGUGUGCUGGACUACUUUCUUCUUUUUCUUCUUCUGACGUCUGACCGCUGCUGCUCCACUCCAACCGACAGGAAAGUGUGUCAAGGGAUGAGCAACCAGUUGACGAUGCUCGGCACUGCUCAAAACCACUACAACAACAUGGUGAAGAUGUACGCCAACUGCUCCGUGGUCCUAGACAACCUGGAGAUCACGCACAUUCUGCAGCACCAGGACCUCUCUUUCCUCCAGUCCAUCCAGGAAGUCGGCGGCUACGUUCUGAUCGCCAUUAACCAGGCGCCGAUUGUCCCGCUGGUCAACCUGAAGCUGAUCCGAGGUCAGAACCUCUAUGAGGGUCAGUACGCCCUGCUGGUCAUGUCCAACUACCACAGAAACAACUCGUCCUCCACGGUCAACUACACCAGCGGCGUCAGACAGCUUCAGCUCAGCAGCCUGACCGAGAUUCUUCGAGGUGGAGUAAAGAUUACUCAUAAUCACUUGCUAUGCAACAUGGACACCAUCCAGUGGGAGGACAUCUUGGACAAAACCAGCAAGCCCACAUUGCUUUUAAAGAUGGACGACUAUGCACGUGGCUGUGAGCCCUGCCAUCAGUCAUGUGUCAACGGGUCGUGCUGGGCGGCCGGACAGGAGCACUGCCAGAAAUUCACCAAGACCCAGUGUGCCGAGCAGUGCAGCAGGCGUUGUCGCGGUCCGAAACCCAGCGACUGUUGUAACGAGCACUGUGCGGCGGGCUGCACCGGCCCGCGGGCCACCGACUGUCUGGCGUGCCGGCUGUUCAACGACAACGGCACCUGCAAGGACGCGUGCCCUCCUGCCACGCUCUACGAUCUGAAAACACACCUAGUCAUCAAUAACCCCAACGCCAGGUUCACCUACGGCGCCACCUGCGUCAAGUCCUGCCCGCGCAACUACGUGGUGACCGGAGGCUCCUGCGUGCGCACGUGCGGCCCAGGCAUGUACGAGGUGGACGACAAAGGCGUGCAGCGCUGUCGAACCUGCGAGGGAGUGUGUCCGAAAGCGUGCGAUGGCCUCGGCGUGGGCGCUCUUAGCAACACCAUGGCCAUCGACGCCUUCAACAUCGAUUUGUUCCAAAACUGCACCAAGAUCAACGGCAACAUCUACCUCAUCCAGAGCUCCUUCAGCGGGGAUGCUCACUUUAAAAUCCCGCCCAUGGACCCGGUUAAGCUGGAAUACUUUCGGACCGUAAAGGAAAUCACAGGAUGCUUGUUGAUAACAUCCUGGCCCGUGAACGUGACGUCUCUGUCCGUGUUCGAGAACCUGGAGAUUAUCCGAGGAAGAACCACGUAUUCAGACCACAGCUUGGUCGUGGUGAAUCUCCAGAACCUUCAGUGGCUGGGUCUGCGCUCCCUGGAGGAGGUCAGCGCGGGGAAUGUGAUCGUGAAAGACAACCCCCAGCUGUGCUACACUCGCAGCGAUCAGUGGGGCAGCCUCUUCCGAUCGCCGGACCAAUUAAUCAAGCUGAAAAACGUGAUGGCGCCCCAACUCUGCCAGCAACAGAACCACACCUGUGACGAGCAGUGUUCAGACCAAGGCUGCUGGGGCCCCGGGCCAACCAUGUGUGUCUCCUGCCGCCACUUUGACCGCAGGGGGCGCUGUGUGGCCUUAUGCCACUUGCUGCAUGGGGAGCCCCGGGAGGUGGCGGCGAACAGCAGCUGUGUGGAAUGUCACGGCGAGUGUCUGGUGAUGGACGAGACACCGACCUGCCACGGAGCGGGUCCUGACCAGUGUUCCAAGUGCGCCCGCUUCAAAGAUGGCCUCCACUGUGUGCCGCGAUGCCCUCAUGGCGUGAUGGGGGACAGCGACUUGAUGAUCUGGAAAUACGCUGACGGCGCCGGCCAGUGCCAGCCGUGUCACCAGAACUGCACCGAGGGGUGCACAGGUCCUGGACUGUCGGGUUGCUCAGGAGCGUCCUCGCACUCCACGCUGGCGGUGGGCGUGGUCAGCGGGCUCUUGGUUAUUGUCCUCCUCGCGGUGGUGGUCUUUGUGUUGCUACGGCGACGGCAAAUCAAGAGGAAAAGGACGCUUCGUCGCCUUUUGCAGGAGCGAGAGCUGGUGGAGCCGCUGACCCCCAGUGGCGAGGCCCCCAACCAGGCGCUGCUGAGGAUGCUGAAGGAGACGGAGUUGAAGAAGAUCAGGGUUCUCGGCUCUGGCGCUUUCGGGACUGUAUACAAAGGUGUGUGGAUCCCCGAUGGCGAGAACGUGAAGAUCCCGGUGGCCAUCAAAGUCCUACGGGAGGCGACGUCGCCCAAAGCCAACAAAGAAAUCCUGGACGAGGCGUACGUGAUGGCGAGCGUGGACCACCCUCACGUGUGUCGCCUGCUGGGGAUCUGCCUGACGUCGUCCGUGCAGCUGGUGACUCAGCUGAUGGCGUACGGCUGCCUGCUGGACUACGUGCGACACCACCAAGAGAACGUGGGCGCUCAGUGGCUGCUCAACUGGUGCGUCCAGAUAGCCAAGGGCAUGAGCUACCUGGAAGAGCGCCACCUGGUACACCGGGACCUGGCUGCGAGGAACGUUCUGGUGAAAACUCCCAAUCAUGUCAAGAUCACAGACUUUGGCCUCGCUAAACUUCUGACGGCGGACGAGAAUGAGUACCACUCUGACGGAGGAAAGGUUCCUAUCAAGUGGAUGGCCCUGGAGUCCAUCCUCCAGUGGACCUACACACACCAGAGUGAUGUCUGGAGUUACGGCGUCACCGUGUGGGAACUAAUGACGUUCGGCUCCAAGCCGUACGACAGCAUCCCGGCCAGCGAGGUGGCGUCUGUCCUGGAGCGAGGCGAGCGCCUGCCGCAGCCGCCCAUCUGCACCAUCGACGUCUACAUGCUGAUGGUCAAGUGUUGGAUGAUCGACCCGUCCAGUCGACCCAGGUUCAGGGAACUCGUCGUGGAGUUCUCCAAGAUGGCUCGGGAUCCGUCCAGGUACCUGGUCCUGCAGUGUGACCCGCCCAGCCCGUCCGACGGCAGGUUCUACUCCCGCCUGCUCAGCUCGGACGACACCGACGAUGUUGUGGACGUCGAGGAGUACUUGCUGCCCUACAAAGGCCCUGAUAACCAUAGCAACGCCGCCUGCAGAGCCGCGGCUCAUCCUACGCGCACAAACAGCCUCGCCAUGCGUUACAUCAGCGACCCGACAGGCAACAUGGCCGACCAAGUUGACCUCAGCGUCCACAAGUACAUCAACCAGGCUGAGAGCGGGCCCAGCAGCAGGCUCGCAGAUGUCCACAAUCCCAACUACGAGGACCUGAGUCUGGCGUGGGGCGUCGCCUCGCCACCCUUCCUGUCAGAGGACCGAAAAGCCAUGGAGGGACCCGAGUACUUAAACACAGCGCAAAGCUCGCUGCCCCGCAUGGCAAGCCUUGACAACCCAGACUACCAGGCCGACUUCCUGCCUUUGGCCACGCCCUCUAACAUGGGUGCAGGGGACCAUGAGUACUUGGGCCUGGCCGGUGCAAUGCAGACAUCUGUCUGCUAGGGGGCAGUACCUCCUUCAUGUGACUAUACUGACACUGGUUUUAGUUGGUGGUGCAUUCAGCAACAACUGAACAGGAACAGACUUGAAACAUCCAAGUUUUCACUGGUGCAUGAAUUCAGUCACAUGAUCAGCAAGUUUGUUUGAGCACUCAAAUGUUGUUCUCGUGUUGUUCACGUAUGGUGUAUGAAUGUUGACCACAAUGAGCCAAACACUGCUCAACAUCACUGAUGUUGACAUUUUCAUGUAUGUAGCUUUUUUUAUUUUUUUUAAAAAACAACAUAAUUUAUGCCAAUUGUUUAUGAAGCCACUUUGAAAGAAGCCCUGUUUUAUUAUGCGUGAAACGUCCAAAGUGUGUUUUAUAGUUCUACAUUUUACAAUGUGGUAGUUAGACGUAAUAGUGAUUUUGUCCACUUGGUAGCGCUGCAAGAUAACUUAACACAACUCAUUGGAAGAACACUUCCCGUCAAACUAUCAGACGAGUUAACGGUUUUCACGAGAAAUAAAAUGUUCUCCUCUUUA